CAAGGUUGAAUUCGGAGGUCCUAUGGCUCUGACUGUGUGUCACAGUUUACCGUAUAUUGUUGACACCACGCCACCUCUUGUUCAUCAUGUUCUGACACUAUCAUAUAGUGAAUACACACACGUGAUAGAAAUGACGUAUAACGUAAGCGAUCCUCUAUCUGAUAUAAGAGAGGUUGACUUUUGUCUUGGGAGAAGUAGACGUGACUGCUACGUAUCUGACUGGGAUAGAUAUCCAAAUACAACACAUCUUCAGAAAAUACAAUACAUCCCUGAUGGUAUUCCAGCAUGGCCGAAAAUAAGGGCAAUAAACAAU